CACUUCCGGGUCAUGUGACCUGUCUACAGAAGCCGCGAUGGAGAGAAGCUAAGGAAGAAAUCUGUCCUCUUGUGGAAUGGCUGCAGUUUGGCAGCAGGUGUUGGCAGUGGAUGCAAGGUACAAUGCAUAUCGCACACCUACCUUCCCACAGUUUCGAACUCAGUACAUCCGCAGACGCAGCCAGCUGCUCAGAGAGAAUGCUAAGUGUGGCUAUGAGCCCAGUCUGCGCAGACAGUACCUGAAGCUGCGCAGUCAGCUGUUGGCCCUGCGCUACGGGCCCCUGUCUGAGCAGAGCAGCUUUAGGGCCAGCAGUGUGCGCAGCUCCCGCACUACUCUGGAUCGCAUGGAGGACUUUGAAGAAGAUCCUCGAGCCCAAGGGGCCCGUGGUCACCGCCGAUCUGUCAGCAGAGGCUCAUACCAGCUCCAAGCCCAGAUGAACCGAGCAGUCUAUGAUGAGAGACCCCCGGGCAGUUUGGUGCCCACAUCAGUGGCAGAGGCCAGCAGAGCCAUGGCAGGGGACACGACUCUUAGUGAAAACUAUGCCUUCGCUGGCAUGCAUCACAUAUUUGACCAACACGUGGACUCUGCUGUUCCUCGUAUACAGUUUGCCAAUGAUGACAAGCACCUCCUUGCUUGCUGCUCACUGGACGGAAGCUUGUCCAUCAUGACACUGUCUCCGUCUCCUCCCAGUGUCAAGGUCACUCUCAAAGGUCACGGUGGUCCCGUCACAGACUUUGCUUGGUCUUUAAGCAAUGACAUCAUCGUCUCCACGUCCCUCGACGGCACUCUGCGCAUCUGGAACACAGAGGAUGGGCGCUGUAUUCGAGAGGUCAGAGAUCCAGAGUCCAGUGAGCUGCUCUGCUGCACGUUCCAGCCCAUGAAUAAUAACCUGACUGUGGUGGGGAACAGUAAGCACCACCUCCAGGUGGUGAACAUCUCCACUGGGAAGAAGGUGAAGGGCGGCUCGAGUAAACUGACCGGCCGCGUGCUGUCGCUCUCCUUUGACGCUCCGGGGAGGAUCCUGUGGGCCGGCGACGACAGAGGAAGCAUCUUCUCCUUCCUCUUUGACAUGGCCACAGGGAAACUGACCAAAGCCAAGCGUCUGGUGGUGAGCGAGGGCAGCUCCAUCUGCAGUAUCUCUGCUCGCUCUUGGAUUAGCCGAGAGGCCAGGGACCCCUCCCUGCUGGUCAACGCCUGUGUCAAUAAGCUGCUGCUGUACAGGGUAGUGGACAAUGAAGGAACACUGCAGCUGAAGAGAAACUUUCCAAUUCAACACGGCUCCCAGCUCGUCCACAGCAUUUUCUGCCCCCUGAUGUCGUUCAGACAGGGGGCGUGUGUGGUGACCGGCAGCGAGGACGGCUGUGUUUACUUCUUCGACGUGGAGCGUAACACUAAAGCGAUCGUGAACAAGCUGCAGGGUCACGGGGGGCCGGUCCUGGACGUCAGCUUCAACUGUGACGAGAGUUUACUGGCUUCUGCCGACUCCACUGGCAUGGUCAUCAUCUGGAGACGCGAGCAGAAGUGACCGACGCACCAAUAAAAACACGCUGCUGCUGCUGCUGCUGCUAGGUAACCGCCCACCACGCUCAGUUCAUGAUGUAAAAACUGAUGAUGUCGUGAUUUCAAACGGCGAGCUGGGGUCUCUCAGUUCAUUUGCGCUAACGGAGAAUAUCGAUUUGUGUUUCAUGUGGUUAGCUCCUGUAACUAGUGAGAUAUUAACUUAAACCAAGCCUGAAUAAUCUGCAUUUCAACCAUUUAAAGGCACAUUUUCGCGUUAAGAAUUCAUUUUCAAACUAUGGGCUCGUUAGAUCGAUAUGAUAUCACGAGAAAAACAACCUCUAGCCUCCAUGUUCACCGGGACGUUCCACGACUGCUUUUUAUGUGUAAUGCCAUGAUAAUUAAUGAGUGCAAUGGGGAGCUUUGUGUGUCGGUGGUCGGGGUUUUCAUUCAUCCGUUUUGUGAGAUCCUUUGCAUGACUUUGACUGAAAUUAGACUGAACAGGUCACGAUGAUUCUUAUUCUUAAAAUUGUAUCUUUCUGACACUAACGCACAUUUCGGCCUGGAUCCCUCACUAUUUAUGUAACUGUUAUUUAUGCGUGUUAUGAACUCUAGUGAUUGCCUUAUUUUACCUGCCUGAUCUUGUUUAAACCACGUGCACGACCAAACCGAGUCGCUGAAGGAACCGGCUGAUGGGGAAUAAUGUGAAGGUUUGUUUGGAGUUUUAUCUUAAUCUCUGACGUGUUUGGCUCAUGUUGUUGUCGCAGAAUCAUAAUUUAUUUAAUGCAUAUUUAAAAUAAAC